UGAAGAAGCCGGAAGUCGUUCCCGCACGGCACAUGCUGAGUGUUGUGUGGUGAGUGUUGAGUGUUGAGUGGUGAUUACAGUUAAAGUGUUAAGCGGUUAGUGUUUAAUCAGAGUGAUGGAGGAGGAAACAGCCAAUAAUACAGUGAAAAGGCCGCUGAUGGACAGAGAAGCUGCUGCUGUAGAGGAACACAAGAGGAGGAAACACAAUGAGGAGGUGAUGAAGACUUUAGGACAAGAAGAUGAGUCUGUGAAGCUGCUGGAGGAGCUGGUGUUCGGGGCUGAGGAGGAGCUGCUGCAGCGCUUACAGCACAGGGAUGAUGAGAAGGAGGAAGAAGACACGAGUGACUCUGAGACAGAGAACGAGGCGAGGCUUCAGCUUCCCACAGAGAGGAAGGCGGUGUGGGAGGAUGAGGAUGAUGAAGUUGACGAAGAUGUGGACAUGACACAUCGCUUCCGUAAGGACUUCAUACGGAGUGACGCAGAAGCCACCAUGUCCAAGCAGAGGAUGCAGCAGCGGCUCAAAGAUCAGUUCCAGAAAGCGAUGGGCGGAGUUCCGUCCUGGGCGGAGUCCACGGUGAAGAAAGGGAAGAGGAAAGGUGAUGAUGAGGAUGAAGAUGAUGAGUUGCUAAAGAGGACAGGAAAUUACGUUGCUGCCUCUGAAACUCUCCCUAAAGGCAUUAUCAAGAUAAAGAAAUGUCUGAAUGCUAACAACGCUAGCCCUGGUGAAGGUCGCCUGACCUCAGUACAGUUCCACACGUCUGCUCAGGUCGUCCUGACCGCUGGCCUCGAUCACACCAUCUCACUCUUCCAGGUGGACGGUAAGACCAACCCAAAGAUCCAGAGCAUCCACCUGGAGAACUUCCCAGUGAAUAAGGCGUGUUUCAGUGCUGAUGGAGAGCAGGUGGUGGCUACAGGCAUGAGGAACAAACUCUUCUACAUCUACGACAUGAUGGAGGGGAAGAUCAUCCCUGUGCCCAGGGUCAGAGGUCUAAAUGAACAAAGAGUAAAGGAGUUUGAAGUUUCUCCUGAUGGACAGUUCCUGCUCCUCACCGGUUCCUCAGGGUUCCUUCAUCUCAUGACCAUGAAGACAAAGGAGGUGGUGCACAGUGUGAAAAUUAAUGGCAGUGUGUGUGCGGCAAGAUUUAACUCAGAUGGCAGUAAAAUGUUCACCAAUUCGGAGGAGGGGGAGAUGUUUAUCUGGGAUGUGAGGAGCAGUAAGUGUGUGAACCGGUUUGUAGAUGAUGGCUGUGUGACUGCGACGUCUCUCGCUGUGUCUAACGAUGACCGAUACGUGGCCUGUGGCUCCCAGUCAGGAGUGGUGAAUAUUUACUCUCAGAAGGAGUGUGUGAACAGUUUGUCCCCUAAACCCCUGAAGUGUGUGAUGAAUCUGCUGACAGCCUCCACAACACUCAGGUUCAACCCCACGUCUGAGAUCUUGGCCAUCGGCUCACGCUCAGAGGACGAAGCUAUCCGCCUGGUCCACAUUCCCAGCUUCAGUGUUUUCUCCAACUUCCCCCUGUUCCGCAAGAAAACCAUAUACAGACCUCACUGCCUCGACUUCUCACCUCACAGCGGCUUCUUCUCCAUCGCUAACAAUAAAGGACAGGCUCUACUCUUCAGGCUGCUGCAUUAUAAAGACUUCUGAGGAUGUUGACCUCGUGACACACACACACACACACACACAUGCACACAGACACACUCACACACACACUCACACAUACACAAACACACACACAAACAGAGAAGAUCAACACAUCAAUCACAUCUGAAUGACGUUUAUAGAUUUUAAUAAAACAGAUUUUGUGACCCA